UGUUUUCUUAUUCUUUUUCCAUUGUUGGGUUUCCGAAUAUUAAAAAUCCCUGUUUUCAAAUGAGCCAUGAAUAACAAUAUCUCCAUCUUUUAGUGCGGGAAGAACCAAUGGCAUAUAAGGUGGAUAAUGAGUAUGAUUACUUGUUCAAGAUUGUUUUAAUUGGGGAUUCCGGUGUAGGAAAAUCUAAUAUUCUUUCCAGAUUUACGCGUAAUGAGUUCUGUUUGGAGUCGAAAUCCACCAUUGGGGUCGAAUUUGCAACAAGGACUCUGCAGGUGGAAGGCAAGACAGUGAAGGCACAGAUAUGGGACACAGCCGGUCAAGAAAGAUACCGUGCAAUCACUAGCGCAUACUACAGAGGCGCUGUCGGGGCACUCGUGGUGUACGACAUAACCAAGAGGCAAACCUUUGAGAAUGUCCAACGUUGGCUACGUGAAUUGAGGGAUCAUGCCGACUCCAACAUAGUCAUAAUGAUGGCCGGCAACAAAUCCGACCUCAAUCACCUCAGAGCCAUCAACGAGCAAGAUGCUCAACUCUUCGCUGAGAAAGAAGGGCUAUCAUUCCUCGAGACAUCGGCACUUGAAGCGCAUAACGUGGAGAAAGCGUUCCAUACAAUUUUGUUGGACAUUUAUCAGAUUAUAAGCAGAAAGGCCUUGUUGGCUCAGGAGGCUGCUGCUAAUAUUCCUGGUCAGGGCACUGCCAUUAAGAUUGCAGAUUACUCAGGCAACUCGAACAGGAGACAGUGUUGUUCUACUUGAAUAUAAUACGCAAAUGUUGCUUAUUUGUUCAGAAAGUUGCUGAAUGAGGAGCUAAAUCAAUUUUUCGAACAGCGACCAAUGCUGAAUCGAACUGUAAAUCGUCAUAUAAUUAUUAAACGAAAAGAUAUAUAUCUUCCAAUUUUAUCUAU